UGGUGAGCAGUUCUGGGGCCGGAGCUCUUCCCACAGCGGGAGCAGAGAGCAGCAGCAGGGACCCAUGGAGCCCCCCUCAGUCACUCCCAGCAAAGGGCACAGCUCCUGGCAGGGGACACUGCUCACAGUCUCACUGCUACUGUCCUGGAGCCCGCCCACCGCAGCACAACUCACCCUGGAAUCCAUGCCCCGCGCUGUUGCUGAAGGACAGGAUGUUCUUCUCCUCAAUCCUUCACGAGCAGUGGCUUUAGUCUACAGCUGGUACAAAGGGGACAGCAUAGAGCCCAAGGAUCUCAUUGUAUCAUAUGUACUAGACACUGGAGAAACUACCCAUGGGCCAGCCCACACUGGCCGAGAGGCACUAUCCGCCCGUGGGUCCCUGAUUUUGCACAAUGUCACCCUGGCAGACGCAGGAACCUACACGCUACAUGUAAGAAGGACAAAAGGAGCGCCUAAGAAAUGGACUGGGCAGAUCCAUGUAUUCCGGAAGUUACCUAAGCCCUCCAUCAAGAGUAGCAGCUCCAACCCAGUGGGGGACAAGGACUCUGUAACCUUAUUGUGUGAACCUGAGACUCAGAACACAACCUCCCAGUGGUUGAUAAACAGUCAGAGCCUCCCGGACAAUUCCAGGCUGGAGCUGUCCAUGGACAACAGGACUCUCACUAUACACACUGUCACAAGGAAUGAAUCAGGACUGUAUAAUUGUAGAACCAGGAACCCAGUGAGUUCCAGCCAUAGUGACUCGUUCUCCCUGAAGGUUCUCUAUGGCCCAGACACUCCCACCAUCUCCCCCUCAGCUGAGCAUUCCUCUCUAGGGAACAACAUCAACCUCACCUGUCAAGCAGUUUCUAACUCAUGUGCACAGUAUUCUUGGUUUAUCAAUGAAACCUCCAGGCAAUCCACAGAGCAGCUCUUUAUCCCCGACAGCACUGUGGGUGACAGUGGGAACUAUAUCUGCCGUGUCCAUAACCCUGCCACUGCCCUCAGUAGAACCACAGCCAAGACUAUCACAGUGUCUGUCAAGUGGCUCCCUGGAAUGGCAUCCCCGAAGUGCUUGACCAAGCCCUCCAUCCGGGCCAGCAACACCACAGGCAUAAAAACUACAGGCGCAGUGGUCUUCACCUGUCUCACCAAACACAACGGAAUCUCCAUCUCCUGGUUCCACGAUGGUGAAAGACUGCAGCUCACGGAGAGGAUGGAGCUGUCCCAGGACAACAGCUCCCUCACCAUAAACCCUGUCAGGGUGGAGGAUGCUGGGAACUAUCAAUGUGAGGUCUCCAAUCCAGGCAGUGCCAACAGAAGUGACUCCCUCACCCUGACUGUGGAAGAGUCCUUGACCAAGCCCUCCAUCAAGGCCAGCAACACCACAAUCACAGAAAAUAUGGGCCCAGUGGUCUUCACCUGCCUCACCAAACACAGUGGAAUCUCCAUCUCUUGGUUCCAUGAUGGUGAAAGACUGCGGCUCACAGAGAGGAUGAAGCUGUCCCAGGACAACAGCUCCCUCACCAUAAACCCUGUCAGGAUGGAGGAUGCUGGGAACUAUCAGUGUGACAGGUCUGAAGGCGGUCUGGUCGUCUCUGCUGAGACCAUCCCCCGCCUGGUGAUUGCAGCCCUGGUCAUAGUGCUUCUGGUGGUCACCCUGGGGUAUUUCCUGUUCCGUGCCAGGACUAGAAGGUUCCUGCCUCACAAGGUCUUCCCCGGAGACUGUGUCCUCAGUCUCUGCAACCACAGAUUGAGCCCAGUAAUGGCUCCAUUCCUCGGGGAACAGUAA